AAAAAAAAAAAAAAAAAAAAAAAAAAAAGAAAAAAAUUAAAAUGUAAAGAAAAAGGAAGAAUGUAGUUUUAAUGACCAGAUUUUGAAAAGGCAUGCAGAACAAUUAUCUAUUUGAAUAAUUAUAUAACAGAUUUAAAUGUUCUGCUGUACGGAUCGAAACAUGGUGCCUUGGGAACGGAUAGACUAAUUAUAUAGUAAGAUAUACGAAUCUAAAAGCAUGACAAUAGAUUCAGCUAUUACACGGCGGGCAUUAAGUUUAAGAUUAUCUACACAUGGAUUUGCUAAGCAUACGGAUUGCCUGGUGGCGUAUUAAUUAUCGACAUAUAUGUAUGUAUAUUCUGGAAUAACUUUCUCAUUUGCACUUUUUGAAAGAUUCGAACACUUUUCUUGUAUUUCUCGACAUUACAGAAAGAAAUAUGAUAAACAAGUUUCUGUUGAAUUACUUUAUGACUAAAAAGGAAUAUUUUAGUAUAAAAUACAUAAUCAAAAGUGGAAAGAGAAUCUAUUAGAUCUAAAAAUCACGCAUACCUGACCUCUUUUAUGUGUUUAUGAUCGUUAGAAAAAUAUUAUUGAAAAAACGUAAAAAAAACGAAGAAGUAAUAUUUCUAAAAUUAUGAAGAGGAUAUAAAAGGAUCAAUGUUUAACUCCAAAAUGAGAAAACAACGUACUACUUUCCUACAAAAUAAUCAAAUUUAUCAUAUUUCUUUCUUAUAGUCUUCAUUUAUAAUUUUGCCCACUUUAUCAAAGAAGUCUGAUUAAAUCGAUUAAAUCGAUGUGUUCUAUUUGGUCCACUUUUUCUAUAAUACGUUCCAAACGCGUCUAGGAUCGACCGUUCCUAAUUCACCAAUCUAUUCACAUUUAAAAAUAUUCAGUACACAUUUAACGUUAAAUGAACAUCGAUUAAUGUAUCGAAAUAUUCCUUUCCACGUGAUUUAAGUAACUAACAGCGUAAAUAUGUUAUUUUGACAGUCCUCCGCUCAGCAGAUCCAACAAUGAUCGACAACCGUAGCAUAUAAUAUAAUUGAUGUUACAUAAGAAAGUAUAUAAAUUGAUAUCUUAAAGAUUACUAUCGUCAAAGUGAUGUAGAUGUUACAUAGAUGAAGAAUAUUCUAGCAAACACCAUAAUAUAUCACAUUUAAGGUGAACGUUCCACGUUCUUACGAAGAAUAAUCGCUUCAGAAUUAACGCGAAUAAUUUGCAUCCUUUGCAAAUUACUUGACAGAAAUGUUUCAAAUAAGCCAUGUUAUUUAAUUACAAGAAAGUAGCAGGACUCGUCCUUAGAAUAUUGUGAUGCAGCAAACUUUUACAUCGAUAUACUUUAUUUGAAACAUUUCUUUCGUACUUAUAAAGAUUUUUUUCGAGAAAGAUUCACCUUUGAAGUAGAGAAUAUAUAUAAUAUAAAAGAAAGAGAAUGCUCGAUUGAAACAUAGAAAUUUUCUGAGAGAUGAAAUUCAAAUAUCGUAUAAUUGCAAGCGCAAUUAUCGAAGCAUGCUGUAGAACAGAUUAAUCGCUGAUGAUCAAUUACGUACAAAACCCAACCAUGAGAAAAGGUGUUACGAGAAUGUAUGUACAAUUAAAAUCUAGUUAGCCGCGCAACAAUGCACUCGUAUGUGGUUAUCGAAUACGUGUAACCAUGCAUAAAAAAUGGUACCAAAGAUUAUUGUCAGUGUUCUGUAUUAUAUGUCUUCUAAUAUAAAAUAUUUGUCAUCAAAAAAAUGGUUAUUUCUUCAAUGGCAAUUAACGUCCCACUACAUACUAAUUAACGUUUUUAAAAUGAACCAUAUCUUUAUUGUUUGAACGAUAUCUUUGACAACAAUAGCUCGGAAAUACGCGGUUUUUAAGUACUUCGAGUUUUCACGUCGAUGCUUGAUUGAAGGCGUCGUUAAUAGUGCGCGACAGAGAUUUACGAGCAAACACGGAAGUAUCAAUCCAUAUAAAAGGGUAAACUUUAUCCUUGAAAACUUCAGAAGGAGUUCUAAAGUCCAAGUAAAACGUGCAACAUGUUCGUCAAGCUAAUUCUGAUCGCCUUGAUAUUCAGCUUUGUCUGUGUACAAAGCAUCGAGAACAAAGCUCAGCAAUUAUCGUUGCUCGCUGAAUCUAAUCCUGAUACCAACCUGGACGCUGAUGCGACCGAAGAACGACGCGCUCUUCAAGUAUCUACAACAAGUCCGGUUAUAAUAACAGGCAGUCCAGAUAAUGAAUCGGAAUACAUUCGAAUACAUGCGAAAGUGUCAAAUCCCAAGAAAAGAACGACAGAUUAUAAGGAAGAUCGUGAAACCGAUUUACGACCUGGAUGUUGCGGAUAAAUCAUCAAAAUGAACCACCAUUCAACUACAAAUUCUGUCUUUAAAAAGUAUUUACGUCGAAAUGGUAAAUAACAAUAUCUACAUAUUAUGAAUACCAUUUUAUCUCUUUAGUUUCUUUUCACGAUGAGAUAGCAAACGAAAUAAAAAAAUGGCUAUCAAGCCGCACAAAGAUAACUCUUUUCCUAUUAUACCUAUUUAUACAUUAAUUAUAUUAAAAUCUACGCGAUAUUACAUACAAGCCUAAGUUUAUAUUCAAAUAUAAGAAAGGUAAAAAUAAAGUACUUCGUAUGGAAAACUUUUAUUAACAUCAUGUACUUGUACAUGACUCACAAGCACUGCUUAUAAACAAUUGCGACUUUUAACAUUGAAUUAUCCUAACCCAUAGUAUAGAUAUAUAAUAAACCAGUGCAAUAAAUCCGUUGCAUUUAUUACAUUGUAAUUAAAAUCACUAACCUUCAUGGAAGGAUAAAGAAAAUAGAAAGAGACCCAAUUUUAUUUUCUUCUCUUUUUGGCAUAUCGAUAGAUAAAGACGAUAUGCUACAACCAAAAUCACUAAUGUGUCCUUUAAAUAAUUGUAUCACGAAUGCAGUACGUGUUCAAAGUCAUCGUUGUGCUACAUACGAAAAAAUAUCGUAAAAAUUGUUCAUACCAAAUAAAAUAUCAAAUUUCCAAGGAAUGCGUUCAUUAUUUGUGACGUUACGGGAAAAAGUCGAACGAAUAAAAAAAUAAGAAGAAAAAAGA